AUGAGAUCACGAUUGCGUACCAAGAUGUCAGAAGCUAUCAAUGACGGGCACGCAACCGCCAAAUCUGACGCACACGGACGCUCUCGUUCACCGCCUCGUGACCUUGGUCCGGUCUGCGUACACUGCUCAGCAGAAGCCGCUUCUCUCUAUCUCGAGUACUCGCCCGGUCAUGUAGCCUUGACACCUUGCAACAAUUGUCACAGCAAAGCUGUCGAUCCCUACGUCGAGUUCGAGCUGCCCAUCAUCUUGCUGGACUUGGUAAGUGACGCGCGCACAACUGGAGAAAUGCUGAAAGAGGUCUCGACGAGCUGAUUCGCCCUUUCUACGCGAUCUUUGUACCGCGACAGGUGCUUGUCAAGCCAUCUGCUUAUCGGCACCUCAUCUUCAACAGACAUCAUCUGCAAACCUUGCCGUUGCAGGGCUCCCGGGCUAAAGCGGCGAAAGGAAGUGACACCGCAUCGAGCUUAAAGUCCAAAUCAUGGCGAACGCUGAGACAAGGCACUGCGUUGGUUUUGGUGGACGCCUGUGAGUUGCUCGUUGUGCUGCACAGAGCACUUGUCCCAAGCUAGGCGAAACGAGAUCUGACACUCGCUUUCCUCGGUUCACCCGCACCCGUAGAUGUUCGCUGGCACGAUCUCUGUGAGCGAAUGAUUGUCGCAAGGGAAAGCAGCAGCGCGGGUCCAAAAUCUGACAGCCGUGUUCUCGCACCCACGCUCCGCCUGGUUCAGGCUUGCCGUCCCACCUUUCCGUCUCUCUUCCCGCUACACUUUCAGAUUUGCUGCACUCCUAUCUAUCCGUGCUCGCCGCUGUAGCGCUCGAAGCGGUCGUCUUUCAUUCGAUCAUCCACAUCUUGUGCCUUUUAAUUCUAGCCAUCAAGCGUCAAGCUGCCACGUGGGCUUCACGUUCAUCUCGGAGUAGUCAUGGUUCAAGAAUAGGUGCAAAAGAAGCGACAGGAGGCGCAUCUAGUGUGUGAGUGGACUGUGCGGAUCACACAAGAACGCGCUACCCUGGAAGCGAGGGAAGCUGAUGGCGACCUUCAUGAUGCUCUGCAUGCCGCAGAACUCAUCUGCCAGCUCAAGCGCUGCACGCAUCCUUAAUUCUCGCCUCCAUUCCACAGAUUUUGCUGCUCACUCUUCUUCUGCUCUGGAGGAGCCGAGCGCAGCACCUUUCAAGCGCCUCCUCCGAAAGACUUGCCACUUCAUCAAGCCGAGGCGCAGUCGGGCAGCUUCAAAUCAUCGGCGAUUGGUUCAUCGAUUUCACCUGGUUGGAGCUGGACUUAGACACUGGAAAGGCUGCAGAGUGGGGCGUCAGAUCGCUGCUUGGAGGUCUAAGUGCGGGCGUAGGGCUGGGAGGUGAGCAGUCGCGAUACUUCAACAACGAAGCAAAGCUGACCCAUGAUACGACCGCCACGAUCCCAGUCAUACUUCCGCGCUCGCCCGUCUCUUCCACCUGCAUCCUGCUGCUCGGUUGGGGCUUGCAAGGACUUGCAAGGGAAAGACUUACCGGCUUGCCAGCGGCAGCCACACGAGGCACAAAUGCACUCGAUGCAUUCCAGAAUUGGUGCAGCCCUUGA